CCGAGCAGCCGCCAGCGCCGCCAUCUUAGGAGGUCGCCAUGUUCUCCUCCAUCGCGCCGCUCGCCCGCCUCAACCCCUUCUACGCGCCGCACCUGCAGCUCGUCCAGGACGGCGUGAGGAAGCGGCAGGAGCCCGUCGGGCCGCCCGCCACGCGGCGCAGCUUGGCGGCCGCCUCCGCUGACGAAGAAUACAGUUGUGAAUAUGGCUCGCUCAAGUUUUAUGCUCUCUGUGGCUUUGGUGGGGUCCUAAGUUGUGGCCUGACACAUACUGCUGUCGUACCCCUGGAUUUAGUGAAAUGUCGUAUGCAGGUUGACCCACAAAAAUACAAGAGCAUCUUCAAUGGGUUUUCAGUGACAAUCAAAGAAGAUGGUGUUCGUGGUUUGGCUAAGGGAUGGGCUCCAACAUUUAUCGGAUAUUCCAUGCAAGGGCUCUGUAAAUUUGGUUUCUAUGAAGUUUUCAAAAUCCUCUACGGAAACCUACUGGGAGAGGAAAAUGCCUACCUGUGGCGUACAUCGCUGUACUUAGCCGCAUCUGCCAGCGCGGAGUUUUUUGCUGACAUUGCUCUGGCUCCCAUGGAAGCUGCUAAAGUCCGCAUCCAGACACAGCCUGGAUAUGCUAACACCCUGCGGCAAGCUGUACCAAAAAUGUUCGGAGAAGAAGGCAUCUGGGCUUUCUAUAAAGGUGUUGCUCCACUCUGGAUGAGGCAGAUCCCAUACACAAUGAUGAAAUUUGCCUGCUUUGAACGUACGGUGGAAGCUCUCUACAAGUAUGUGGUACCCAAGCCACGAAGUGAAUGUACAAAGGCAGAACAGCUGGUAGUCACGUUUGUUGCAGGUUAUAUUGCUGGUGUAUUCUGUGCAAUUGUUUCUCAUCCUGCUGACUCUGUGGUGUCUGUACUGAACAAGGAAAAGGGCAGUUCUGCUUCACAGGUUCUUGUGAGGCUUGGAUUCAGAGGUGUAUGGAAAGGUCUGUUUGCUCGUAUCAUUAUGAUUGGUACCCUGACUGCACUACAGUGGUUCAUCUAUGAUUCUGUGAAGGUGUAUUUCAGACUUCCUCGUCCACCUCCACCUGAAAUGCCAGAGUCUUUGAAGAAGAAGCUUGGUCUAACUGAAUAAACAACUCAUGGACUGACUUUGCUGGCUGUCCCAGUGAUGAGUUUCAUGAAACUUUUAUAUAUUUGACUAUGUAGAAAACAGACCAUAUGAUGUAAUUAUUGGCUCAUCCCUUCUGAGGGUUUAAAUUCUACCACUGUCAUUGCCUGAAAUAAAUCAGAACCAGAGUGCUUAGUGUCUGUUUCCUAUUGCAUAUAUAAGCUUUGCUUCACAUGAGUAAAUACCUCAAACUAAUUCCUAACAAAAAAUGUAAGUCAUUCUGCAUGUAAAAAAGGCAACAAAACCAGAUUUACACUGUUUCUGGAGCAGAGCCACGAACCCAUCCUUCCAGUCCUGUAGAAACUAACUGCGGUCUUGCACUGCCUUGGAGUCCACGCUCUUCUUGCCUGUAUGAAUGGUUGCUGUAGAAUAGUGGAGCUCUGCAGUGAAUAAGAGUGUGGUCAGAUGAGGCAGCCGGGUCACAACAGCUGCACUACAGAGCUGAGAGAAACCUAAUACCUGCCCUUGCUCUAGGGUGGCUGUCCCCACGUGAAGCUGACUUAAUUGACUGAUCUCUGCACCAAAGAGGUUAAUCCUUCCAUGUGUAUCAUGGAGAAACUGUGGCUGCUACCAUAACAAAAUGCUAGCAAAAUUCUCAAGGCUGUCUGACCACUACAAGCUUACAGCAAAAUGCAAAUGGCUUGCCUUGUCCCCUUGAGGUUUUGUUAACAGCCUUUUCUUGCACUUGGUACUGUUGAAUUUUGGCUGUUAGCUUAAUUCUCAUGCUGUGUUCCAGUAGAGCCAUUCCUGCAGAGCAAGAAGCCAUGCCUUUUUAGACCUUGAUGCAAAUAAAUUUAGACCUGUAGGCAUGUCAGAGAAGAAACCAAAGCACUGUUUUAUUAACUUCAGGCAAUGAACGUGUCUCUUCCAGGUGAGCAUUCAUCCUUUCAGUUUUCCCUAAGAAUCCAUAGUAGAUACGUUCAGAAAAAUCCAAAUCAAACCUUACCAGUAAUGGAGACUUGCUCACUUACUGAGCUGGAGCUGAAGUGUCCUGUGCAACACAUAGGCCCUGGGCUGCUGCUGUUCAGCCUAGCUUGGCCUUGCAUAGACUGUGAGAACUUACUUCUUUAGUGUCCUUCAGAGCCAGGAGGCCCAACUGCAGCUGGCUCCACCCAAAUGGCAUAAAGAUGCCAGCCACUCUACGUUAAUAGUUUCUGAUGUUAUUCCUGCUGCCAUUUUACACAGUAUUUUAUUUUCCCCCCAGAAAAAAAAGAUUGGUGACUUAAGACAUGUAGUUACACCAGACCCUAGCAAACUAAGCCUUAAGUUGAAGUUGUACAAUAAAAUCCAUAGAAAAAUACUGUUCAAAACUCUUGUCACUCUGACACUAUAUGUGCACUCUAUAGAGGUUGGUAACUACCACCUAAAUAACUGCAUUAUACAGCAAAGUCAAAUUCCUUAACUCUAAAUAAAAUAUUUGUACACAUAUUUUGAACUAGAUGUAUUUUACUUCAUUGUGCCCAAUGUGAGUGGGGAAGCUUUGAAGUUAUUUAGCAGAUCUUUAGGAUGUUUGCUUUUAAGAGCUGCCUUGGCAACAAGCAUUAACUGUGGCUUCAUCUUGCAGCAAGACUGUUCAUGUCAGAACAGAUUUUUGAAUUAAAUUUUAGCACAUGGUUCAACUUGUUCUGCUCAAAAACAAAUUACCAUCGCAUUCGUGCACUGAAUAGAAUAGUUUCUUUUGAGGCAUGUGUGAAGCCCUUGGGCUGGGCUUUGCUCGUUGGAAAGCAUCUCAAGUAUCUUAAAAUCCAGGGAAAGCUGAGUGUUUCUGAUGGAAACAUUUACAAGGCUGGCAGAGGAUUGAGACAGCUUGUCUGAUACCUGUUAUUCUGAUUGUCAAAUAAUGCAGAGAUAAGGUGAAUUUCUCAAGCAAGAGAAAUUUUUACCACUUCACAAGCAAAACCACAGCAUUUUUUUUUUUUUUGUAGAAUACUAUUGUUUGCCUUUGGUGCAGCCGUUUUAAAUACGUGCAAUAAAACUUUCAAAUGUGUUCCUGAAGCUGCCUUUUUAAAGAUAUUUGGAUUACUUUGCCAAGGAAAAUCUGUAAAAGACUGUAUGAGAGCUAGCUGCUCCUUUGUAACUGAGAAAGGCAAAAUAGAGGUAGUGCUGCUUUCAGUAUUUUGUUUCGGGGAAAACUUGGGAGGAGAAUUGCCUUGCAGCUAUUAACUUCACUGAGGUGUAGCCACAGACUUACUCUGAUGCUUUAGGUGGAGGGCGAUAAGCCAGUUAAAACUAUAUUGCUCAAAAAGUUGCCUAAUGCAAUUUCAAGUAUGCUAGCUUGAGUGGGAAAGUGGUAGUAUUCGGUGGUACUUAAAAGGCAAUUUUCAUCAUUGAUGACUAUUUCCUUUAUAAUGUGUGUGAUGUUUUCCAAAAGUAGGGAAGGUGAAAGAGCAGGGGGUGAAAGAGCAGCUUCUGAUUGACUUACGUUGUCAAUGCAAGGAAAGUCCUGCACUGAACAAGAGCGAUCCAUUUUGAACCAAACAUAGCCUGGGUAACUCCAGAACAGUUGCUAAAUUUGCAAGUGCUUUGUCAACUC